CACAUUCAAACACUCCUUUUCCACCGUUCGAGGCGCACAAGCAGACAGUCUACCUGAGUCAUGGCUGCAAAGGAGAAAGCCCUCGAGAACCAGGGAAUGCAACUAGAUAGCUCCAGUUCUCCCAGAACAGAGUGCAAAGAUGCGGAGGAAGAGGAGGGGACCGUCCAGCUGGAGAAGCCGCCGUUUUCAUACGUGGCUCUCAUUGCCAUGGCCAUCAAGGAGAGCCAAGACAAGAGGGAAACACUGAGCGGGAUUUAUAAGUACAUCAUAUCAAAGUUCCCCUACUAUGAGAAGAACAAGAAAGGAUGGCAGAACAGCAUACGGCACAAUUUGUCUCUUAAUGAGUGUUUCAUCAAGGUCCCGAGGGACAGCGGAGGGGACAGGAAGGGCAACUACUGGAUGCUGGACCCGGCGUUUGAAGACAUGUUCGAGAAAGGGAAUUACCGGCGCCGGAGACGGGUGCGGGGACCCUACAGACCCUCCCGCCCGCCUCACCUGGCAGGAAACCCAGCGGAGUAUCCAGAGUCGCUCUACCUUCAGCCGUAUGUGAGCGGUUCCUGGGGGCUGCCCCAGCCAAGUGGGUACCGUGCACCACAGGUCGUCUUCGGUUCCGCCCACGUAGUGGCCACCAGCGGCUCCUACUGCCCGCCCCCACAUUUCCACAACCCCGUGUACGGGGCCUACCAAAACCGCCACCCGCCUGUGCUGGUUCCGCACAACGGAUACCCUUACGGAGGAGUGACCCAGCCGUUGAGCCCGGACGGAGGCACCGUCUCUGUGGCUUGCAGCUACCCACAGUUCACCACAUACCAACGGCAAACUGAGGCGCCACUGGUUUAUUUCCCUGACCAGUAAGGACUUUAGUUAUUCUGACCAGUUCACAGACUCACGGUUGAUGUUGUUCACCUUUUCUGGCUGUCAGUCGUUUAUCAAGUUCUGAUCAAGUUAUCAAGUUUAUACAAGUUGCUGUUUAUUGUUGGAUGGUUGAAUUCAUGAUAUCUCACUGUUUGAAAUUUUAUUAGCUCAUGAAUAUUUGUAACAUUUCUCUGUUUUGGGACCCAUCGGCUAUUCUCUCAAAGAUUUAUUUGAAGUCAUUAAAAAUUAAACCGACCAAGCCACCAGAACUGUUGACAUGAUCUAAAUUUACAGUUCUGUUGGGUCCCCCCCCCUGUUGACUUCGGAAAUUUGUUGUAGAGCUACGUGAGCCUAAAUAUUUUAUGUCAUAUUUUUUUGCAUUUACAAAUGCUGAACACAGAUUGUAAAUGUUUCUAUACGUUAUUUAUUAAUUUCUUAUUUUUAUAAUUCUUAAGCUGCUACAUCAGUUAAUAACACUAAGGCACAGACUCGUUUAUAUUCUGUUGUAAAUGUUUCAUUCUGUAAAAAACAUGAUGCUUGUUUAAAUAAAAAUAUUUUUGCACAGGAUACUGUCA